AUGGCUCCCACCAAGACCACCGGCAAGGAUGUGUACUCGGUUAUCCUGCCGACCUUCAACGAGCGCCAGAAUCUCCCCAUCAUCACCUGGCUGCUCAACCGCACCUUUACUGAGCAAAACAUCGACUGGGAACUCGUAAUCGUCGACGACGGCUCCCCCGACGGCACCCAAGAUGUCGCCGCCCAGCUCGUCAAGCUCUACGCUCCACACGUGCAACUACAAACCCGCACAGGCAAGCUCGGCCUCGGCACCGCCUACGUCCACGGCCUCCAGUUCGCCAAGGGCAACUACAUCAUCAUCAUGGACGCCGACUUCAGCCACCACCCCAAGUUCAUCCCCCAGAUGAUCGCCAAGCAAAAGGCCAGCAACUACGAUAUCGUCACGGGCACCCGCUACGCCGGCGACGGUGGCGUCUACGGCUGGGAUCUCAAGCGCAAGCUCACCUCCAAGGGCGCCAACAUCUUUGCCGACACCGUGCUCCGCCCCGGUGUGAGCGACUUGACCGGUUCCUUCCGGUUGUACAAGAGGGACGUGCUGGAGAAGCUGUUCCAGAGCACGGAUAUCCGUGGUUUCACCAUGCAGAUGGCUCUGGCUGUUACGGCCAAGUCCCAGGGCUUCUCGAUUGCCGAGGUGCCCAUCUCCUUCGUCGACAGAGUCUAUGGCGACAGCAAGCUCGGUGGCGAGGAGAUUGUGGAAUAUGCCAAGGGCGUUCUGCAGCUUUGGUGGUCCACGUAA